AACGAAACGUUGUUUGUCGUCUGCCACUGUGAGAUUUGAUCUGACUUAAGCAGGUAAAUGUUCGUCAUGUAGCUACAGACGACAAUGUCAUUAAUAGUGAAAAAUCUUCAGAGAGUUGUUUCGUUCAACAUUGGUCGACUAGAACGAGAUUUGGGCAUCAUCCGACAAUUAAUGGGGGUAGAGACGUACGAUGUGGCCGUACUGUGCGUAGAUGACAGAAAAAUACAAGAGCUGAAUAGAAAUUACCGUGGACAGGGGGUGCCAACGGAUGUCCUGUCAUUCCCUGCAUAUGAGAUUGCGUCUCCAGGUCUCUUACCUGACAUCUCAGAAGAUGAAGUACCCGACCUUGGUGACAUGUUUCUUGGUCUUCCAUAUAUACAACAUCAGUGUCAGCAAGAUGGAGGAAACCUAAGUGAAGUAUUGCCUGUGAUUGCAACCCAUGGAUUAUGUCAUCUUAUUGGUUAUGAUCAUAAAACAGAAAAUCAGUGGAAGCAGAUGUUUGACAAAGAACUUAGCAUAUUUCAAGAAUACAACAAACUGACUGGUUUGAAUUUAAAACCUCUCCUAGAUAAAAUGGAGUAAAAACAGUUGAUGACAUGAACAAACAAUACCUGUCAACUACAGUGAACACUAAAGGCGAAAAAUACAUGUUAACUCUGAGUAUUCUUGUACUCAAAUGUUGUUAUACUAAUAUCUCAGGAAUACUUCAUUGAUAAACAAGUAUAUGACAAACACAACUGAACCCUAAAUACUCUGAUAACCCUAAAUAAUUUUCGGCACAAGUCUAUGCAUAUUUAUUUGCUUGCAUAUUUUCAUAACACUGCAUCAUAACAGUAGAUUCAAUGUUUUUAAAAAUUGAACUCAAUACAUGUAUUAAUAACAUAAAUGUCUGGUGAUAUUUUGGAAUAAAUUACUGUAAUUUAACUUGUU